UACGGCAACUCUCCACAGGAAAAGCUGGAGACAGAAUGCGCAGCCCCUUCACAGCAGCUUUGGUGCGUCGUGCAGUCCAAAUGGGAUCCUGCUAUACUUUGAUAGUUGCUUAAUUACACAUAUGAUACCACACAGAUGUCUCAGGGGCUCUAGCCGAAUUCUCGUCUCACUAACUCACUGACUGACUGACUGACUGACGGGACCCUGGGGAAGGCAGACAGUUAAGGAGCGCUGUGGUAAAGAGCACAAACCUGACUCAUCAACAAAUCUGGAAAUCAAAGCAAGAACUGUGUUCAGCAAUGGGCUCUACAACACUACAUGUGUUUUUGCUAAUGGCCAUCAUGGUCACUGGUGGAAUAUGUCAGUUAAACAGCACAGUGGAGCUUAAGGACUCUUUUCUUCAAAACUCCACUACCUCUAAAACUACCAUCCAUACUGGUCUCCAGCCUGCCCCUCAGCCCACCUCAAGAAAAACCCUGAUGGGUAACAACACCAGACCUAGGGGCCCUCCAUCCUGCAAGGCUCCCACCUCCAUCAAGCUCUGUUUCAAGUAUAUUAACACAAUUAUUUCUUGUGCUGUUUUUGUGGUGGGAAUGGUGGGUAAUGCCACAUUGCUGAGGAUUAUAUACCAAAACAAGUGUAUGAGGAAUGGGCCCAAUGCCCUCAUUGCCAGCCUGGCUCUUGGAGACCUUAUCUACAUCAUCGUAGACAUCCCUAUCAACGUCUAUAAGUUACUUUUCACAAAAUGGCCAUUUGAUGACAGCUCCUUUGGACUUUUCCUGUGUAAACUGGUCCCCUUCCUCCAGAAAGCAUCUGUGGGGAUUACAGUACUCAAUUUGUGUGCUUUGAGUGUGGACAGGUACAGAGCUGUAGCAUCCUGGAGCAGAGUGCAGGGGGUAGGCAUUCCUCUUUUCACUGCCAUUGAGAUUGUCUCCAUCUGGGUCCUGUCCAUUAUCCUGGCUGUGCCAGAGGCAGUGGUCUUCAACAUGCACCCCUUUACCUACAACAACCAAACCUUUCGCACAUGCAUGAUCAAGCCUGAAACGAGUUUCACUAGGUUCUAUGUAGAAUGGAAAGACUGGUGGCUAUUUGGCUUUUACUUCUGUGUGCCGCUGGCCUGCACAGCCAUUUUCUACACCCUCAUGACAUGUGAAAUGCUCAACCACAGAAACGGAAGCCUUCGGAUUGCCCUCAGUGAACACCUCAAACAGCGACGUGAGGUGGCUAAGGCAGUCUUCUGUCUAGUGCUGAUCUUUGCUCUUUGUUGGUUCCCCCUGCAUCUCAGCAGACUCCUGAAGAAAAUGGUUUACGUUCCAAAUGAUGAAAGACGUUGUGAUCUUCUCAACUUCCUGUUGAUCAUGGAUUAUUUUGGAAUAAACUUGGCCACUGUCAACUCCUGCAUCAAUCCCAUUAUCCUCUACUUCGUCAGCAAGAAGUUCAAGAAUUGCUUUAAGUCCUGCCUGUGCUGCUGGUGUUACACCAAGAACCAGGUGUCCAGCUCUGGCCCCAUGAAUGGCACCAGUAUUCAAUACAAAAACCAUGAGCCCUGCAACCUCAAUACCAACAGAAGCCUCCGUAAAGACAGCGACUGAUCAGUGAGCGUGGAGAACAGCCAGCCAGUCUACAAUCAUACUUAAAACACAUUAUCAAAAAAGACAUCAGACAGCAUCAAAAUUUGAGGUGUAUAACAUUGUAACUUUUUGUAUGACGGAAACUAGAGGCCUUUCGUACUCAGCACAGUUUGAGGCUGGUUUUAUAUAUAGCCACAGACUAGACAAUGGACCUGAUAUAUUUAAAGUCUCCCGCAGACCCAGAGCAGCUGUUUCCAUAGACUCUCAGUGUUGUUUUUCUGUAUGAGAAGAGGUGGGAGUGAAGAGCAACAGCAACAGGAUGCAGCUGAACCUAACAACCACAAAUUAAUCCUCAUCAGGAGCUUGACGUGUUUUUCCUACGCAAACACUUCACCAUGAAAGCGCUUUGGAUCGUCACUGUCCGACGUGAAAGGAAGUUGCAGAAAGGAAGAGUGAAGUGGUGUGUGUCAAUAUGUUUUCUGUGGGCUCUUUUCUAUGAGCUUUGCCAAAGAAAUCCCCAGCAUGUUGCUGAUGAUGCAGCCUAUCCUUUAAAUUCAGUGUCCGGUUUAAUGUCCGUUUGUUAUUGUAACUUUGGACACAGUUAUAGCUUGAUGCAAGACUAUUAUUAAGAGAAACAGGAACAUGCAAGUAGUUUAGGUUGCCAUCUCCCUCAAACUUUAUUAUUUGUUUAGUGAAUAAUAUUGUGCACUGGAUGUCACCUCUGUUAUUUAGUGGGGAAGGGAAGAUAAUGAAGAUAUUUUUGUAUCAGCCUUUGUGUUUGUAUACCGCAUUAUGAUUUAUGUAUAAACACUCACUGAGCACUUUAUUAGGAACACUGUGGUCCUAAUAAAGUUCCCGACAUGGUCUUCUGCAGCUGCAGCCCAUCCGCCUCAAGGUUCGACGAGUUGUGCAUUCUGAGAUGCUAUUCUGCUCACUACAAUUGUACAGAGUGGUUAUCUGAGUUACCAUAGCCUUUCUGUCAGCUCGAAUCAGUCUGGCCAUUCUCCAUUGAGCUCUCUCAUUAACAAGACAUUUCCGUCUGCAGAACUGCCGCUCACUGGAUGUUUUUUUGGUUUUGCACCAUUGAGACUGUUGUGCUUGAAAAUCCCAGUUUUUCCCCAUUCUGAUGGUUGAUGUGAACAUUAAACUGAACUCCUGACCCAUAUCUGCAUGAUUAUGCAGUGCAUUGCUGCAACACAUUUGGUUGAUUAGAUAAUUGCAUAAAUAAGUAGGUGUACAUGUAGGUGUUCCUAAUAUAGUGCUCAGUGAGUGUAUAUAGAUAUGCAUGGGAGGUGGCCUUAUUGCUAAUGCCUAGCCUUGUAUAAAGUGUCUAAAAUGAAUCUAUUAGCUCAGAAUUUAUUUAAAAAUGUGCUUUACUGAAACACGAUGAACUGAAACAGGAACAUGUUCCAGUAAAUCUGAAAUUCACCAGCUGGAUUCACUAAUCAUCACUUCCAGCAAUGAGGCAAAUGACAUUUUGACCUCAGCGGAAUUUAAGAGUAAUUUCUAGGAAGGCAUCCAAUUGCAACAAAUGUUGGGUCAUAAUGUGUUAUACACACACAUACACACAAUGAGGUAAAAAAAGAACAAAUAAUAAUUUCAGAAUUCUAAGAAAAAGGGUAAUCUGUAAUCAAAACCAAAAACGCCCAAGAGAGAUACAGUAAAAGUUCUUGCUUUAUUUUGACACUGUGAAUUUUAAGAGAACUCGAAUGUUGUUAACAUUGUAUACAUUACUUCAAUAUUCCUAAUAUUUAAUGCUUUGGUAGUUGUAAACAUUUUCAUUUGCAUCUGUAUUUUGAAGAUGAAAUAUUUGUUUUCUUAUAUCCAAAAUAUAUGGAAUUUUUCAUUUUCUGCAUAACGUAAUUUGAAAUUACUGGUGUGAAUGAGAUCUACAGGGCUCCUGUUAAAUUAAAGGGCUAAUUAUUGUGAAGAUGAAUAUGCUUGUGUCUUUGAAAUAAAAUAAAGAAAAGGUCAUGUUUGUAGUGAGAACAUGAUAUCACAUAUGUAUUCAUCUUCUCUGCCCCCAUUGAGUGAGGAAUAUUGCACAUUUAUAAAAAAUAAAAAAAUGAAUAUUUAGAUUUAAACGUAUUAUAUCACUAUAGAAACCAAACAGCUCUGUUUAUAUGCUAUGCGUUACUGUGAUUAACUAUACAUUAUUUUACAUAUUAUGAUUUACUGUGGUUAUAAUACUGUAUAACAUUUCCUUUCAUAGACUGUUAUAGCAUCAGUCCAAUUUUUUUAGAUAAGCUGCUAGUUAUUUUUAAGAGCAUUGGACCAGACUAUUGAUCCUACCACUUAAAGCAACGUUGUCUUAUCUCAAAAUGUAAUGAGGUUCCAGUGUUCAAAGAUAGGUGCCUUGUGAUAGCUGUCUUUUUGUGGCUUGGGAAGAUGUUCCAGUAUGGGAGUGAUUUGAUACGCACUUUGACCCGUUAGGAAACACGGCCCCUCUGGGUCAUCUGUGUCGAGCCAGAGGAUGUGAACAAUGCAUACAUAGGAGAUUUUAUGUCAACUGUGGUGCUUAUGCCAAAUCUGUUUGCAAUGUCUGUUCAGUAAAUGUUUAUUUGAACAAAAAUCUUCCAUCAGUCUGAUUGGUUUGGACAAAUAAAGUGUGUUUUUUAUUUAC